GCGCAGUGCUUCACACCCACCGCCUACCACCACCAGGCACCAGCAGCAGCACCGGAUAGGGACACGGCAGCACUAGCUCGCAGAGAGAGAGAGAGAGAGAGAGAUGGGGGCGGAUCGGUUCCUGAGCGUGACGGAGGGCGGCCUGGGAGGCGAGGCGCUCUACUGCGCGGUCAUCCUGUGGCUGUCCGUCAUGUCGUGGAUCAUCUUCACCUGGGUCGGCGGCGACGGCGGGGAAGCAGGCGGGAGGAGGGGAAGGAAGCGCCGCGGCGGCAGCCGCGGGAGCCCGGUGUUCGUCGGCGCGUCGGGGAUCUGCGACGGCACCGGGCCAGGUUGCAGCGGCGGCUACGGCAUCUGCGGCACCUGCCUCGACUAGCCGACGGCCCGCCGCCCCCCGUUCCGUUCGCGCGCGCCUGCUCUGCUACUAGUAAGUUUGUGUGAGCGUGAGCGCGAGCGCGACCAUGUUUGUAGCAUCUACACGUCGUCGUCGUCGUCGUCGUCGUCGUCGAUGCGUGGCCUCGAUCGAACUGGCGAGCAGAGCAGCUCCCCUGUGUGAAGACAAUAAGAGGGAGCCUACUGCUAGUCAGCCAGUCAACUUCGAUCUUGCUUCGGUUGCACAAACUGAGUUGUUUUUUUUUUUUUGUUCCUGAUGUUUUAAUCUCGAUCAUCUGUAAAUUUUAGCUGCAAAAGUACCCGAUACAUGUCUCGAACAGCUUGUAUAAGAUGAGAUCCUUCGUCGGCGAGGUUACUUGUCUAGUGCGUUUAGCGGCUGUGUGCUGUGGAGGAUUUCUCUUCCUAGGGAAUGGAAGGAUAAGUUGGGCA